AUGUAACCUUGGUGACGUAUGGGAAACGUUCUUUUGUGAAGAAAAACAGCCUGGCAGUUUUGAUUUGGAGAGUAAAGAGAACAAGAAGAGAAUACGUAGCAGUGUUUUUUACACUGCCAGGAUUUUUGAAGCCUGCUAGACAAAUACAGAAACUAUGGCGGCGAAUCAGUCCGUAGACCUCAUAACAAAGGUCCUGGAGACCCAGUUACUCCAAAGUGCAAAAAUUAUGGAGGAGCAGCUGGACACCGAAAUCGAAAAGCUGGAGCAGAUCGAUGAGGAGGAUCUCGAAAGGCUUCACGAGAGGAGGUUAGCCGCUUUGAAGAAAGCACAGCAACAGAAACAGGAAUGGCUUUCCAAAGGUCAUGGGGAAUAUCGAGAGAUCCCAAGUGAAAAGGAUUUCUUUCAAGAAGUGAAGGAUAGCAAAAAUGUUGUUUGCCACUUCCACAGGGAGUCUACAUUCAGAUGCAAAAUCAUUGACAAACAUUUACCUAUAUUGGCAAAAAAACACCUUGAAACAAAGUUCAUUAAACUGAAUGUUGAAAAGGCUCCUUUCCUUACAGAGAGAUUACGUAUCAAAGUAAUUCCCACUUUGGCCCUUGUGAAAGAUGGAAAGACAAAAGAUUAUAUAGUUGGUUUCACUGAUCUAGGAAACACUGAUGAAUUUACUACUGAUGUUUUAGAAUGGCGUCUGGGAUGCUCCGGUAUCAUUAACUACAGUGGCAAUUUGAUGGAACCUCCAAGCCAGGGGACAAAGUCUGGAGCAAAAUUCACCAAGCUGGACAAGAAGACCAUUCGAGGAAAAGGCUAUGAUUCUGACUCUGAUGAAGAUUAAAGGACUUAAGAAUUUUUUGUUUUGCUCAAGCUUUUGCUUCUCUUUGUUUCUUUUGUUUUAUAUAUUUUUGAAGAGGAAAGCAAGUCACUAUUAAUAUAAACCUAUUAAACACAAAUUUGUAAAAUGCAGGAAACUUUUUUUUUUUUAUAUAAAUGAAGUAGAACAUGAAUCCCUUUUUGGUUUGUGAGUAUCAUGGUGAAAGGUAAAGAUGCACAUAAAUUCAGUUUUAGUCUCAAGGUUUCACCUUUCUGCAGAGAUGUGCAGCCAUCCACGUUCAUAGGGUUCUUUUUUCCUUUUUAAGAAAGAUAAAAUCGUAAAUUAAAUGCAGAUACACUCUUUUUGUGCUAAAACUGAAAAAAAGAGCUGGUGAAAUGCUAGAUGGGAUAUAAAUCCUACAGUGGCUCACUCACUGGUAAUCAACGAUGGUAUAGUUGCUCUAAAAAUGAGCUUCACGUUGCCACAUUUUAAACUUGAUCCUUGACUAUUUCUUUAGUAGGCCUGUUGUCCAGAUUGUAGAGAAUAUUGUUUCUAACAUGUCAAAAGUACAUAGAAUAUAUAAAUGGAUUUUAUGCCCUUAUGAAUAAUUGGCUGAGCACACAUAUUGGAUAAGCAUGUGCUCGAUACCAGUUUGAAUGUUUGUGUACCCACCCAUCAGUUCUCCUGUCCUUAUUAGACAUCCUUGGUAACAACUGAGUAAUGGUGUGGGCUUUCUGCUCAAAACUGUGUGCUUUGCACUGCACUGCCAGCCUACACAGACCCCAUGAAAGUGCUCAGUCACUGAUUUGAAUUGUUCACACAGUAUUUGUUCACAGAUUUGUUAUGCAGAACAGAAGGAAUUCCCCUUGAUGGCUGAUAAGCUAUAAACUUGCAUGUCCUGUUCUUUUAAAAGCUAUUCUUUCUAAACUGUAGUAACCAUUUUUAAAUGGCAUUCCUGCAAGUUUCUGUGACUUGCAUUAAUGUAAAUGUAACUCUGGGAUUCUGUUUACCAGUUAAUUUUAAGGACUUGACCACCACACUUUAGGAACUUCAAAAAUGUUUGUGAAAAUGUGAAAAGUAAUUUUAGACCCUACCUAGGGAAUAACCUAUUGUUUAGAUUGAAGAAUUGUAUAUUUCUUGUAGUGUUUGGUCAAUUUUCCCAAAAGCAAAACCUUUAAAAUGCUUAACUUGACUGCACAUCUCUACCAUUUGUGGUUCAUAUUUGAUUUUAAAUGUAUAUUCAGUUUAUAUUAAGAAUAGCAAAACAUCAUCUUGGACUUACUUCUGCAGCCAUUGGUUUAUACAUUUGUAUUAGUUUUUAAUUCUAAUUGCUGUUACCUCAUUCUAGAAGUGCCAAGGGUGCCACUUGCAUUGUGGCUAAUUUUCUUUCAAAAUUUGGACAGAUUUUGACUUUUAUACCAAGACAUUGUUCAAAACAAUAAACGUUCUUGAAAAUUACAAAUACCAAUCUAUUGUGAAAAAUGUUAUUUUUAAUAUACUAAAUAAAAAGACCUGCUGCAAAAUC